AAAUAAAAAGUAAAAUUUUCAGCAUCUUCAGUGUGAGAUACGGCGUUCGUUGGAAACGAAUGGACCCAAAUUUCUAACUAUAAUAUUUUUGCACCAUGGCUUGGUCAGGUGAACAGAAGCGGAUAGAAAAUAAGAAGAAGAACUUAGAUACGAGAAUAAAAUUCAGUUCAUGGACUCCUAUGAACCAUGCACCUACCAAAGACAAGGUAUUCGAAGAAAGGCGAGAAGUCAUCCAAAAAUGGUUUGACAAAUGGACAGAUGCACAGAAGAGAAAUGUGAUAGCGGACAUUGUGGACCGUUGUACAAUGUCCCAGCUCCAGUACACUAAAUCAUUGGUCAAGGUGCAGCUACCUGUUGAGCGUGUGGACUUCACAAGGGUAUUACCUAGAGCACUCAGUCUUUACAUCUUCUCAUUCCUGGAUCCUAGGAGUCUCUGUAGAACUGCUCAAGUUUGUUGGUACUGGCGCUACCUGACUGAGUUGGAUCAACUAUGGAUGCCUAAGGCACUCAAGCUUGGCUGGUAUCUGACAUUCACUCCUAGCGUGUACGAGACAGGAGUCUGGAAGCGACACUAUCUUGAGAAUGUUCGUAGCUUACACUAUCUUCCUCCAAAGGAUGCACCAAAGCAGAAGCAGGUCACAACAAAUGGCCAAGGUAACAAUGAGAAUGACACCAAGAAGACAGUAACCCCACCAAGAAAGACUGCAUGGUCUACCAAGAGUAAACCCCCAAAACCACUCCAGCAUAAACCUUGGAGGGCCAAUGCCCCUGUUGCCAUGGAUACACAUCGCAAUAAUUAUUUGGAUAAUGACGAUGAAUUGUUGAAAGCAAGGCAAAGGAGAAUGGAAAAGCUUGAAGCCAGUGGGAAGAGAAGACCACAAGGUGCAAUGACCCCCGACAAAACAGGAAAUUCCCCUAACAUCAAGAGUAGUGGGGCAUCAAAAACACUCCCAUCAACACAGUUUAAUGCUAAGCUUAAAAGAGCAAGAUCAGCUUCUAAUAUUUCUGCUGAAUCAUCCCAUGGUAGACCAGACUGGGCCCAGUCCAUGGCUGGGGGCGACGCCUCCAAAAUGACAGCCAAUCAUAUAGGAGGAUUAGAUGCAACAGUGAGACCGGCUCCAGUUCUAAAACCAUCCCGUUCAACCAAUGCACUAAAUAGGACAGAGAGAGAUCCACCAAGUGGAGUUCAUUUUGCAGCGAAGGGAUGGAAAACGGUUGAGUAUUCAGAUGAUGAGAGUAUAGGCUGAUGAUAAACAUCCCUCUCCGAUCAGGUUUGUGUGCUGUCAAAAAGAUGUUCUGCUGCUUAAUUGACUUUAAGAACAGGUGCCUGAUUACAAACUACUCUUACUCUUUGGAAUAGGGAUGUCUUUUACCUGGCUUAAGAUCCGCCUCCAAAAUGUUCGUUCUCAUAUCUAUUGUGGCCCAUUGCCUAUGAUUACCAUGACAACUGGGGCUCGAGGUAAAUUUAGAACCAAGAUAUUCAUGGUACUUAUCUCUCAUUUCUUGUGAUGUGAAGUGGCUUUUGAAAUGAAACAGUACUUAUUAUGUUCAUAUUUUUUUCCCAAACAAUUUAUAUUUUGUAUUCUUUGUGAAACAGUUGCAUUUAUGGCAGUACUUACUGCAAGACUUGAAUUAUGAUUGUCAUUUUUGUCUCGCCUGCGUAGCGGAGCGAGACAUAGGUAUCACUAUUUCCGGUGUCGGCGUCGUCGUUGUCGUCGCCGUCGUCAACAAUUGUGUUGUACACCCAAUAACUUUCUAUAGCUUCAAGGUGGGAUCACCAAAUUCAUACCAGAGGUCCAUCUCCUGAAGGCACAGGUCAAGUUCGAAUAUGAGUCGAAUUUGAAUAAGGUCAAAGGUCAAUGAACUUUCCAUGACUGGCACUGUGCUGUGUUGUACACAUAAUAACUUUGUACACCCAAUAACUUUCUAUAGCUUCGAGGUGGGAUCACCAAAUUCAUACCAGAGGUCCAUCUCCUAAAGGCACAGGUCAAGUUCGAAUAUGAGUCGAAUUUGAAUAAGGUCAAAGGUCAAUGAACUUUCCAUGACUGGCACUGUGCUGUGUUGUACACAUAAUAACUUUCUAUAUCUUCGAGGUGGGAUCACCAAAUUCAUACCAGAGGUCCAUCUCCUGAAGGCACAGGUCAAGUUCGAAUAUGAGUCGAAUUUGAAUAAGGUCAAAGGUCAAUGAACUUUCCAUGACUGGCACUGUGCUGUGUUGUACACACAAUAACUUUCUAUAGCUUCGAGGUGAGAUCGCCAAAUUCAUAAUAGAGGUCCAUCUCUUGAAGGUGCAGGUCAAGUUUAAAUGUGAGCCGAAUUUGAAUAAGGUCAAAGGUCAAUGAACUUUCCAUGACUGGCACUGUGCUGUGCUGUACACACAAUAACUUUCUAUAUCUUUGACGUAGGAUUGCCAAAUUCAAACAAGAGGUCCAUCUCUUGAAGGUGCAGGUCAAGUUCGAAUGUGAGUUGAAUUUGAUUAAGGUCAAAGGUCAAUGAACUUUCCAUGACUGGCACUGCUGUGUUGUACACACAAUAACUUUCUAUAGCUUCGAGGUGGGAUCGCCAAACUCGUAACAGAGGUCCAACUAAGUCGUAUAGCAUACAUGUAGUUUUGACAUGCAGUCUCUUCAUGACUGCAAUAUGCAGGCGAGACAACGCUUGGCGUUUGCCUUGUUAGAUUAUUAAUGUACGUAUGUGGGAAAUAAUGAAGUGAAUUCACAAUUGUAAUGAAGUUUUAUUUUCUUACUAUCUUACUACCUGCAUUGAAUGAAAGUGCGAAAAGAAAAUUCUUCAAGUUUGAAGCAGAAAUCAGACAGUGCAAUAACCAGGAAUAUGUUUUUUGGGGAAAGAAUAUUGAUUAUACUUUAUUUACCUUCAUUCAACAAUUCAAGUAAGCUAUUGCAAUCAAAGGUCAAGACCCAAGCCUCUCUCCCUUUUCCCUGUUUUUGAGAAUACAAAGUGGCAAAUAUUUGAUUUAUGUGAUAUGGAUCAUUGAGUCAGAUCAGGUACAUUGGUAGAUGCCGUCAGGAAUCAUUCUUUCCUAAAUGGAUUGACUCAUGUUUUAACAGAUGGCUUUAUCAGUAUCCACUUAGGGGGUCAGGUGUUGCAAGAAAAUAUUUGCAAUCAAUUGCAAAUAUUCUGUUGCAAUUUUAUAAGUGAGAAAUUGAUUUUAGCUCGAGCAAAUCAGAUUACACUCUUUGUUUCGAGGAGCAGAUAAGCAAUCAAUCAUGAAUGCAAUUAAUUGCAAGACAUAUGAUUGAUUUAGGGACCAAAAAUAGACUUGCAAUUAAUUGCAAGACAUAUGAUUGAUUUAGGGACCAAGUUUCUUGCAACACCAUAUGAUGAUCUAAUUCUCAGGUUGUCUAAUGCCAUCAUGGGUAAACCCACUUGGUCUCAUGUCAAAUUGGUCUAAUGCCAUCAUGGGUAAACUCACUUGGUCUCAUGUCAAAUUGGUCUAAUGCCAUCAUGGGUAAACUCACUUGGUCUCAUGUCAAAUUGGUCUAAUGCCAUCAUGGGUAAACUCACUUGGUCUCAUGUCAAAUUGGUCUAAUGCCAUCAUGGGUAAACCCACUUGGUCUCAUGUCAAAUUGGUCUAAUGCCAUCAUGGGUAAACCCACUUGGUCUCAUGUCAAAUUGGUCUAAUGCCAUCAUGGGUAAACUCACUUGGUCUCAUGUCAAAUUGGUCUAAUGCCAUCAUGGGUAAACCCACUUGGUCUCAUGUCAAAUUGGUCUAAUUCCAUCAUGGGUAAACCCACUUGGUCUCAUGUCAAAUUGGUCUAAUGCCAUCAUGGGUAAACCCACUUGGUCUCAUGUCAAAUUGGUCAAAUGCCAUCAUGGGUAAACUCACUUGGUCUCAUGUCAAAUUGGUCUAAUGCCAUCAUGGGUAAACUCACUUGGUCUCAUGUCAAAUUGGUCUAAUGCCAUCAUGGGUAAACUCACUUGGUCUCAUGUCAAAUUGGUCUAAUGCCAUCAUGGGUAAACCCACUUGGUCUCAUGUCAAAUUGGUCUAAUUCCAUCAUGGGUAAACCCACUUGGUCUCAUGUCAAAUUGGUCUAAUGCCAUCAUGGGUAAACCCACUUGGUCUCAUGUCAAAUUGGUCAAAUGCCAUCAUGGGUAAACUCACUUGGUCUCAUGUCAAAUUGGUCUAAUGCCAUCAUGGGUAAACUCACUUGGUCUCAUGUCAAAUUGGUCUAAUGCCAUCAUGGGUAAACUCACUUGGUCUCAUGUCAAAUUGGUCUAAUGCCAUCAUGGGUAAACUCACUUGGUCUCAUGUCAAAUUGGUCUAAUGCCAUCAUGGGUAAACUCACUUGGUCUCAUGUCAAAUUGGUCUAAUGCCAUCAUGGGUAAACUCACUUGGUCUCAUGUCAAAUUGGUCUAAUGCCAUCAUGGGUAAACUCACUUGGUCUCAUGUCAAAUUGGUCUAAUGCCAUCAUGGGUAAACUCACUUGGUCUCAUGUCAAAUUGGUCUAAUGCCAUCAUGGGUAAACUCACUUGGUCUCAUGUCAAAUUGGUCUAAUUGCCAUUUGGUCCAACCAUCACUUGAUAAACUUUGUCACUUUUUUCUAAUGAAAAUAUGGUUCAUUAUCAGGUCAACUAAACAUAAUAGACUAAGUAGUGUUAGACCAAGUGAAUAUUAGACCAAAUGGUAAAUGGGUUAAAUGACAAUUAAUCCAAAUGGUUAGAACAGAUUGGUUGUAGAUUAACAAGGAUUAGACCAUAUGGGAUGAGACCAAAUGGAAAGUAAACACAGUGGUUGUACACCAAUCUUAAUGAGGGAUUUAUACAUCUGUUGUUUAUUGAAUGAAAUUAUGACAUCAAUAUUCUUAAAACUGUCUCAUUUGAUUCAAAUUAUGUUUUCUUUGAUGCUGUCUUAGAGUAAUCACGAUAUCAUUCUUUAUAAUCUUAAGUCACCUUGAUUUGUACAUAAUGUGAAUAAUGUCUAUAGAUUUUUAUUUUUGUACCUAGUGUUUGUAAAGAUGUGUGUACAGUGCUAAUAUUAUUUGUACAAUAUUGAUAGUUCCUAUUGUCCUAGUAUGAUGGUGUUUUUUUUUUAAUUAGUGAAAUAUAUAAUAUAUGUUAAAUGUUAUUUGAUGUACCACUUAAGAACAACAACAAUUUGUUCUCAUCUUUAUAGAAUCUUGUGAAUUCCCUAUUUGGAUUUAUUAUGAUGCAAUUUAAAAUUGAAUGGGUAAUUGACAUAAUACUGGAUGAAAAUAUUCAAGUUAGCCCAAAAAAUGUUAAGAUUUUUUUAUUGGAGAUAUAAGCAAUAGAGGCAUGGCAAUAAAGAUUGUAGUACCAUGGAUAUUUUAAUACAUGAGCUAUCAAGUAAAAUUGCAUCACGCUUCCCCUCUUUUAAUAAUUGUUUUUGUGAUUUAGUAGUUUAUUAGAAACAAGCCAAUUUGACAGCCUCAUAUAAAGUGAGUUAUGAGAAAUGGAGGUGUACAAGGGUAAUGUUAUGAUAAUAAUUUAGUGAAUCAUAGUCUUCCCUUUUGUUUUGAUAUUCCUAAUCAAACUAAACCAGCAUGUAGCUGUAACCCAAUGAGAUCUGUGUUUUCCUGUCACCCAACUGCUUGAAAGUUGAAACCACAGAAAUCUAAAAUCCUACUUCAGAGAUUUAUAGGAGACUUAUUUGAUGCUGUAGGUAGAUGCAAUCAAUAUUGUAUUUUGUAUUCAAGUAGAUCCCAACAAACUGUUUUGGUUAAUAUAUAGAUCUUUAUUUGGAAAGCUUAAGAAUAUGAGUUUCUGAAAAAUAUAGGAACAAUGAAAGUGAGCUGGUAGCUUAAACAUAUAUAUUUGGAAUUGACUGAUUAAACCUUUUUGCCAUGUGGAUAGUGGAUAUAUUUCUAGCAUUUCAAAUGUGUUUAUUGUACAAUAAUAACACCCUUAACCCUGGGGGAGGGCUGAUUCAGCCACCCUUCAACAUUUUUCGCGAUGAAUCUGCCACGCAAAAUUUUUGUUCUUUGACUUUUACUUUCAAGUCUCACACAACUUUUGAGACCAAAAUUGCGACCCCCGGGUACGCAGUUCCGAAAAUGAUGCAACGUUUUGUAAGUACAUGCAGACCCAAAGUUGCUCAAAAACGUGAAUUUGUGUUCAAAUCCAAUGCAAAUAGUGUUUUAGCCGAAAUUCGUAAAUGUAUCAUUAUUUUUCCUUUUAAUGAUUAAAAUCAAUGACUUUCAUCUUGUUUAUGGUCAAAAUAAAGUCCCUGACAAUGUCCAUUGAGAAAACAAUAAAAAACAAAGUCGAAAAAUAUAGAUAUACAUAAGAAAUUUAGAAAACAAUAAAAUACAUAAGAAAAUAAAUGUGAUAUUGUUUUUAUUUUAAAGUAUAUUUGAUCAAAAUCCUAUAAAGUCUGUGAACCAAAAAUAAGCAUUUUAGGGGCAUUAUUUAGUUAAAUAGAGAAAACUUUUGAUUUUGCGCAUAAAUUUGCAUAAUAAAUUAGUAAAGAGAUUUUUCGCAGAAUAUUGUUCUUACUGUUUUGUAGAUUAUGUCAUGGGUAAUGUGCAUGUUAAUUUUUGUUGUGAUCACGCGAUCAACGGCCAAGAUCUAUUCAGCCCCCAUCUUCUUAGGGGUCAAAAUAGCCCAGUCUAUUUACGGUUAAUGAAUUGAUAUUGCUUUGUAUAUUAGCGAUCUUAUUCACUCUUAUUUCCUCAUGUGCUUGCCGACUGACAGGCAGUUCUAGUUACAUGUAAUUCAAUAGAUUUAUAACAGUACAUUACUAGCAAAAAUUCACUGUUGUAAAAUGUAUUCUAUUGCAUCUAAUUUUAUUAUUUUAUUCUAUUCUAACUUAUUUCAUUUCAUUUAUUUUAAUCGCAAAUCUAAAUUUUCAAAUAAUCUUUAGGGAUGCUUGGCUUAACAGGACAAUAAAAUUAAUAGUCUAUACAUGUAUGUAUCUUAAUCAUCCUCUAUGAUGGAUGUGUAUGGAAUCAAAAGCACCUACUUUUCAUGAUCACUCUAUACACUACAUAAUGUACAAAUCUCAGUAAAGCAAUUAAUGUAUCAUUUGAGCGUGUAAUUUAUGGAUGCUGUGAUGUAAUGGGCAAUGCAAAUAAGCAAUGUGCAGUGUUUAUAUGAUGUAUUUUUUGUAUUUCAAAUUUUUGUAUUUUUCAAUUUUAUAACUUAAUUUUGAAGCACUAAUUUAGUUUUUAAAUACACAUCAAUUGAUAUAUGUUUUGUCAGAUUAACUGUACAUGUUCUAUGUGUUAUCAUGUAACCUUAUUCAUUAUCUAUUGGUCUCUUUUAUAAUUAUGCCUUUCUUUUAUAAUUGUUGCAUUGCGUUGUGACUACUAUUUUUAGUAACUACAUGUUUCUAAUGUGAGGGAUCGACAGAAUGCCAGUCAUUUAUGUGUAAUCAUAGAGCUAUUCUGUAAUAGCUCUAUGAUGUAAUAUGUAUUGUUGCUUGCUUUAGCAAUAUUGAUACAAGGUUGCAUUUAACAAUUAGCAUAUUAAAAAUCUAACAUUCACAAAUUAAUAUAAGAAU